AUGCCCAAACCAGAGGAAAUUCCAUCUUCUGACAUUGAAGAAGAAGAAGCUUACGUUUCAAGACCAGGCGAUGUCUAUCUAGCGUUUAUCGAUACCUCCGUCAAAGAAAAUGACGAACUCACAAUUGAAGAUACCUUCAUUGGUGGGUCCCCAAUUUGGCUACAUCCGGAUUCAGUCCCAUCUGAUGAUCUUCUGAAAUGUGGCUCCUGUAAAAAACCCGAUAACAUGAGACUUUUGCUACAAGCCUUUUCACCUCUCGAUUAUGAGCAACUAAGAUUAUUACAAAAAGAAGUGGGCAUCAAUAAUAUGAAUUAUAUUAACACAAAUGACGAUAGAAUUUUGUAUGUCUUCAUGUGUACUUCGUGCCAAAGAAGAGGAAAUUCUGUUCGCUGUAUUAGAGGGGUCAAGAAGAACAAAUCUAAUGCUACAGCAGCCAUUGCUGAGAAGAUGAACUCUGUGUCUCUAGGGAAGGACUUUCAAACCAAUCCAUUUGAUAUGUCUAAGCAAGUAGAUAGUAAUCCAUUUGGUGCUAAUCCUUUCCAAAAUAAUACAUCAUCUAACCCUUUUGGAGCGUCUAUUGGGACGAAGAAGCCUGAAAAGACUCUUCAGGAAAAGGAUUCAGAAGUUUCGGCUAAAACUGCUAGGAAAUACCACGAUUCUCAAAGCGAUAAACAAUUCGAUUCUGAGAAAACGUUCAAACAAUAUUUGUUAUAUGUUGAAGAAGAAUCAUUUAAAAAUAAAAAACCCGACCAUUUGAAAAUUCCAAAGAAUGUUAAAAUUGAUAAAGAUGCACUAGACUUGACUGGUGACAAUGAAGAACUUUUGGAAAAGAAUCCUGUAAAAUUAGAUCCUCGCACAGAAAAAUUAUCUAAAUUCCUUGAUGAUGAUAUUUUCCAAAAAUUCCAAGAGGUUGUUGGUUACAAUCCAUUGCAAGUUUUAAGAUACGAUAUUGGUGGGAAACCAUUGUUUUAUGCUGAAUCAAAGAUUGAUCUAGAGAAAACCGUUCCUGCUCCCGGUUAUAAUCCAUCCAGUCGAAGAAUAUUUGAAAUGCAACUGAUGCCUAAGAUGAUUUUAGAUUUAGAAGAAAAUGUAUCGUUAGACGAGGGAAUGGAAUGGGGUACUGUCCUUAUAUUUACAGAUGUCGAAAAUUAUAUACCAAAAUUCGAUGAACAUAAUGUAGGAUACGUUGAAGAAUGUGUGAAGGUUCAAUGGGAAUCAAGAACUUAA